GUGGAUUUAAAGACGGAUUUUGUUGAGUUUUCAGCUGAGUCAAAAACAAACUGUACACGGUGUCAUGGCUGCGUUAAAGUAUGCUGGGAUGGAGGAUACUGACAGUGAGGAUGAACUUCCUCCUGGCUGGGAAGAAAGAUCUACAAAGGAUGGCUGGGUUUAUUACGCCAAUCAUGAGGAGAUGAAGACUCAGUGGGAGCAUCCUAAAACCGGCAAGAAGAAGCGCUGUGCAGGAGAUCUGCCUUAUGGGUGGGAGCAGGAGAUGGAUAACAAGGGUCAACUGUUUUAUGUUGACCACAUCAAUAAGAGGAAGACGUACUUUGACCCUCGGCAGGCCUUCACUGUAGAGGAUGUGCAGGUGAAGCCUAAGCGCUAUGAUGGCAAUACUGCAGCGCUGGAGAUCCUUCAGGGUCGUGAUCUUUCUGACAAGGUCAUCAUUGUCACAGGGGCCAAUGCUGGUAUUGGUUUUGAGACGGCGAGGUCGUUUGCCCUUCAUGGUGCCCAUGUGAUCUUAGCCUGCCGAAACCCAGCUCGCAGCAGUAAAGCAGUUAACCAGAUCCUAGAGGAGUGGCACAAAGCUCGUGUUGAAGCCAUGACACUGGACUUGGCGUCAUUGAGAAGUGUCCGAGAGUUUGCAGAAGCCUUCAAAGCAAAGAAACUGCCCCUACACAUCCUGGUUUGUAAUGCAGCGGUGUUUACACAGCCAUGGAGUCUGACAGAGGAUGGGUUGGAGUCUACCUUCCAGAUCUGCCAUCUGGGCCACUUCUAUUUAGUGCAGCUGCUGCAGAAUGUGCUGCGGCGUUCGGCUCCUGCCCGCGUGGUUGUAGUGUCCUCCGAAUCGCACAGGUUCACGGAUCUGGUGGACUCUUGUGGAAAGGUGGAUCUGACUCUGCUCUCGCCCCCUCAGAGGAAGUACUGGUCCAUGCUGGCUUACAACAGGGCCAAGCUCUGCAACAUCCUUUUUUCCAAUGAGCUGCACCGUCGCCUCUCUCCUCAUGGGGUCACUUCCAACGCUGUGCACCCUGGGAACAUAAUGUAUACAUCCAUCCACCGCAACUGGUGGCUCAUGACCCUCCUUUUCUCUCUGGCACGCCCCUUCACCAAGUCCAUGCAACAGGGUGCAGCCACUACGGUGUACUGUGCAGUGGCUCCAGAGCUGGAAGGCCUGGGUGGGAUGUACUUCAACAACUGUUUCCGCUGUGUGCCGUCAAGUGAGGCCCAGGACCUGUCGAGUGCCCUCAGCCUGUGGGAGCUCAGCGAGAGGCUGGUGCAGGAGCGAUCCUGCGGCCCUCAGGCACUGUGACGCUAUAAUCCCUUCGCCCAGCAUGGCUUACCUGCUCAACCAUCACCACAACUGCUUGCUUCAUCACCAUGCAUGAGGACUGAGAUAAUAAAGAGCAAAAAAGAAAAGGUAUAGUAGGUAGAGAACGAGAAUUCAGUCGACUAGACUGAUGGAUAGAGAGAGAGAGAGAGAGAUUUGUACUGUUUGUCUUUUGUAAAUCCCAGGCCACACGGCUUUCUCAUCUUUUUCCUGCAAGGUGGUUCGAGCUACCUCUAGAACACUGUACACUGUUCUCUAAUCAACGACUAACACAACGUUGUUCUAGCUAGGGGUGGUGAAAAAUCAUGUAUUAAAGUGGAUCCUCUUUCGAGCACUCAACACAAAAAUUUCUCUAAAAUAUCAGGAUUGAAAAUUCAUUAUUGCCCAUCCAUAUGUCCAAAUCAACAUGAAUGAGUGAGUAAAUGCUGUACUCAAGGUGCAGAGACGAUGUAGAGGAAGCAUACGUAUGCUGUCUAUUUACAUAUCCAACCACUGAAAGAACUGGUUCAUGUAGAUACGCUGUACAUAAUUUACAUAGAAUGCUGUUCUAAUGUGUGUAAUGUUGCGGAAUAUUCUUCUGCUGCGUGACUCCAUCUGCCCAAAGACUCCAGAUCCAGUCUACAGUGAACUUGUACAAAAUUCUACAUUAAUGCUAAUUACAAUGAAGCAGCAUCUUUGAGGACAACAGGAGGGCCAGUGCUGGCUGAAGGGAAGAGUCUUGUAGUCUUAAGAAAUUUGAGGUGGAAACUUUCCUCUUCAGAUCCUUUUUCUUGUCCUUUUAGUUUUGCGAGUGUUUUGGAAGCAUUUUCCCUGUAAAAGGUGGUCUUGAUUUGCUGAUAAUCAACUUUAGAAGAAAGAAAAAUCAGCAGAAAAAGAGAAGCUGGCAAAGACUGAAGAAUGGCACCAGAUAUUUUUUCCCUCUCCGCUUUUCUCCCUCUUCUUUUUCCUUUCUUUGCAGGUUGACUAUUGUGCUUUGGGGCAGUUUUGGUGCCAUGGGUCAGUCUGAGCUAGAAGCAUUCCAGUGUUGUGGGACCUGUAAAGAGAAGAUUGGGGGGGGAGACACAAAUAAAGAUUACUUGCAAUUUGA